CGAGGUCAGGUAGCAGACAAUGGCGGAAGUGCUUUGAAUAUGGAUAAGAAGCUAACUCCGUAGAUUUGAAAAGCAGAAUUUUAAAGAGAUCAGUGAAGAAGAUAAGUUGUAUAAUGUGACAGUUUUAUUAAGAUAGAGGGAUGCCGAUGUUGUGUGCAGAUGUAGUCGGCAGCCACGGGCGGUGACGGAACACACAAGUAUGAAGAUACACCAGUACAGUACAGCACUGUCACAAAGCCACGUCAGGUGACUAGGACCUCCCACAAUGGGCUGCAGCUUCUCUCGUAGUCGUAGCGGAGAUCUGAAUUCACGAGUGUUCCGUGUGUACAACGUUGACGACCAAGGGCAAGAACUGAACCCUGGGAAGAUUGAGGUCAGCGACACCGAACUCAUCCUCAUCCAGAAAGGCAAGGAAGCCAUCCGAUGGCCACUACGAUGUUUAAGGAGAUAUGGUUUCGAUGCGGAGUUGUUUUCCUUCGAGAGCGGAAGACGAUGUCCCACGGGUGCUGGUAUUUACGCCUUCAAGUGUCGUAACGCCGAGGCCUUGUUUAACACGGUGCAGGACUGCAUCCAGCGCGCCGGCCAGGAGGACAGCAGUAGAGUCAGUCACAACAUCCUGCCUCCAUCUAGUCGACCCAACAGCCGGCCGCAGAGCUUGGUGGACACGCCAACAGACAACUAUGGAAUCUUCAUGACCAACAGGACCGACUCCGUCACCAGCAACGGUAGUGCCCACCACUACAUCAACGGCACCAUUAACAAUGACUUGCACGAGUACAUCAACACGGGGAGCACGGCAACUCGGCCAGGGUGUACCACCAUUGACAGUGCAGCAGCCUUGAUGGACCUGCUUCACAAUGGUCCCCUCCCCCCGGCGGAGCCCGACCACCCACAAGUGACAUAUGCGGUGCUGGACCUUGAGAGUACCGAGAACCUGGCGGAAAAUCUGGUUGAAGAAGGGGAUGUGAUUCGGAGAGACAGUGGUGCGGGGGACUCGCGACACAGUCUCAGUAUUGGAGGGGCAGGAGCUGUCGGUGUGGAUGAUAUUGGAGUUGUCUCCCCUGAUGGUGAUGAGGAAGGGGGUGCUGCGUGUCCCACGUAUGUGAACGUUUUGGCUGAAUGCCCACAGACAGUUCGCGAGAAGCCCAUUCCUAAUGGAGCCGCUGUCAAACAGCAGUCAGAACCUAAUUAUGCAAAUUUGGACCUGGGAGAAAAUUCCCCUCCUCCCAGGACCCGGCAUAAAGAAAUUUUGAAAGUGAACUACAUAACCCUGGAUCUGAAGAACCAGCCCAUGGAGAACGGAACCAACGGAGCUAGUGCUUCGCCAACGUCACCCACCAGUUUCGGGUCCUUCCCAGAAUCCCCAUGUCGUAAAACGGAUAGUUACGCAAUGAUUGACUUCAAUAAAACUGCAGCUUUGCUCAUUGCUGCCAAAAAUGUGGACGAUAGCCGGGGUGGCUCGGGCGGAAGGAAGACGCGACACAACAGUGUCAUAACAGACAUGCCGUAACCUUGCUCAGUCGCCCCAUGUGCCAUACCACACCCACAUCUGGAGGAGACUAGGGGAGAGUUGUUCGCUUGGGAUGUACAAUACCUACAGUACACUUGGUACGACAGUAUUUUGAUAUGUUCCUCGGUGGAUUUUCUGUGUAUGUUGUUGACAAACAUUUGUCAGUUGAGUCUCGUCCCCUGGCGCCCAUGACGAGCACCUCUGUUGUCCCUCCAGUGUACGUGGUGGUUUAGUAUUUAUGACGUGUCUUUAGUACCUGUGGUUAUUGUGGGUAUACCCUGGCCUUAGUAUUUAUACACUUCAUAAUGCAUUUAGGCCUUGGCCAUAGUAUUUAGGUAUACUCAUUUUGCAUUUAUUCCCUAGCUAUAGAAUAUAUACCCUGGUCAUAGUAUUUAUACUCUGACUAUAGUAUUGAUAUUCUGGACAUAGUGUAUAUACCUUGGUCAUAGUAUUUAUACUCUGAUUGUAGUAUUUAUACUCUGACUGUAGUGUUGAUACUCUGGACAUAGUGUAUAUACCUUGGUCAUAGUAUUUAUACUCUGAUCAUAGUAUUUAUUCUCUAACUAUAGUAUUGAUACUCUUGGCAUAGUGUAUAUACCUUGGUCAUAGUAUUUAUAAUCUGAUCAUAGUAUUUAUUCUCUAACUAUAGUAUUGAUACUCUUGGCAUAGUGUAUAUACCUUGGUCAUAGUAUUUAUAAUCUGAUCGUAGUAUUUAUACUCUGACUAUGGUAUUGAUACUCGGACAUAGUGUUUAUACCCUGGACAUAGUGUUCGUUUUCUGGUCAUAGUAUUAAUACUAGGGCUGGUCAUAAGUACAGAUCAUAGAGAUCGAUAAUCAUUAACUAAAUAUCUAUCAGUUAUCACUAAAUAUCGGAGAAGUAAAUUUCAGCAAAUACACAAAAAAAAGUCUGAAUGAAAUAUUUCACUCCGCUGAUGGGUGGUGCACAUUUAUGCAGGGAUUACUUUGAUGACAUUUAAGAUAUAACACAAACAGUUUAUUUUCCAUCUUCAGAAAUUGACAUUAUUGACAAUAACAAGUCUGUUUUGGUAAAUCUAAACUUCAUUACAUCAAAAUAGUUUAUGUAAGAUAUUAUUGAUGACACAAUUUUCAAAUCGAUGAUCGUUAAUAUUUCUUCCCAUCAAUGAUAAUUCUGAUUAUCGAUCUUGUCCGCCAGCCCUAAUUAAUACCCUGUUCCUGGUAUUUUUGCAUUUACUUCUGCCUUUAUUCCGCAGUCCUAGUAUUUUGACUGAUAGUAGGACCGUUAUCAUCCACUGUCUCUACUACAGCUGUCCUCCUGUAGCAGUGUAUGUUACAGUGUCCUGACCUAGCUGUAGUACCAACUAUGUAUACACAGUAAUACGCAGUCUUUACACUCCAGAAAAGCUCCUCCGUAUUUACACUCCAAAAGAAGUAUUCAGUAUUUACACUCCAGAAGUAUGGAUUAUUAUUUAUACUCUAAAUGACGUACGAAGAAUGUAUGCUCCAGAAGAUGUCUAAAUGAUAGAUACUUUUUCUGUAGUAUUUAUGUUCUGAGUGUAUUGUUUGUUUGUUUUGUUUGUUUGUUGUUUACCACUGCACAGAGCAAUAUUCUAGCGAUAUGACGAUGAUCUGUAAAUAAUCAAGCGAUUGACAUCAUGAGCAUCGAUCAAAGCAAUUGGGAUGCAAUGACAUGCAUCAACCAAGUCAGCAAGCCUGACCACCCGAUCCGGUUUUAUACCCAACCCUUCAUGUCGUGUGCCGCAUGUCAUCGUGUCCCAUUUUUUAGAUCGAUGCUCAUGAUAUCAGUCACUGGAUUGUCUGUCUUGGACUCGAUUAUUUGCAGACAGUUGCAUGUAGCUGGAAUAUUGCUGAGUGUGGCGUUAAGCAAAAAACAAGACAUGUUCUGUACCACUCACUAGCAGGCUGUAGUAUUCAUAGCAAUCAUACUUUGUGUAGUAUAUAUUGACAAUGAUACUCGAGCUGGAGUGUAAAUAUAAGCUACAUCAGCAGGCUAUGUAUCAUACAUGAUUGUGAGUUUGUAUCUGUUGGUGUACCCAGGGAUGAAAAUACACUCUCUUAGUGCUAUUCCCCUGACUGCCGAGGAUGCACCAGGAGGGUUUAGCUACAGCUUCCAUAAUGGUAAAUACAGCGUCUUUUACUGCCAGAAGGUAUCUAAUAAUAUGAGUAACAUUUUGAAUGGUUUUAUGUUUGUAACUCUGGCAUUUCAUGAUCAAGGGAAUGUUAAAAAUGGCAAGUGUAUUUUAACUUCAGCAGAUUGAUAAUGGUUUUAUCUUCAUGUAACCUUGCCGUGAUAUGCUGGAUGUAGUGCUGUGAGCGAUUAGUUGACGCAAACAUCCACGUCCUUGCCGUGGUGUCAUCUGUCCAUAUGUGCAAUGAUUAUUCAUAUUCCCUUCCACAGCAUCCCAAUGACAAAUGUGUCCACAUUUUCUUCUCCUCUGUUUCAAAUCUCAUCUUCUGUGGUCAUUGUGGUCAUGCUGUGUUAUGUGUGGUUUUAGUGAAGAAUUUGUUUGUUUUUAGCUGGUACUGUUUAUACUGUUUCUGCCAUACAGAUCAGUGUCUUGUAGUGCCUUGAACAGUGCCAUCAUAGCCAUGGUAACACGCCAUGGUAACACGCCAUGGUAACAUGUCAUUCAUCAUGCAGUACCCAGGGGCCCAAAAGCAUUUUAACAGCCGGCAAAAGAUAGGUCAUAUUAGGGCGCCAUUCUAACAUUGUCAUAUUACUGCGCCAUCUUAACAUUGUCAUAUUAGGGCGCCAUCUUAACAUUGUCAUAUUAGCACCAUCCUAACAAUGUCAUAUUAGGGGGCAAUCCUAACAUUGUCAUGUUAGGGCGCCAUUCUAACAUUGUCAUAUUAGGGCGCCAUUCUAACAUUGUCAUAUUAGGCAGUCAUUCUAACAUUGUCAUAUUAGGGCGCCAUUCUAACAUUGUCAUAUUAGGCCACCAUUCUUUAAACAUUGACAUGUUUGGGUGCCAUUCUAUCAUUGUCAAGUUAGGGCGCCAUUCUAGCAUCGCCAUCAGUGGUCAUCACGGGUAUAACAUUCAUUUGUGCUUUCAAUCAUCACCGUGAGCCAAUGUCGUGACUUUCCAUCUGUUGUCCAGUGAUAUCUUCAAUAACAGCUUCAGUGUAACUGCAUUACAUUUGCUUGUGGCUUUCUUUAAUUACGUGCUUUGCGGACUAGACUGUCAUUCUAAGAGGCACACACAUGUACAAAUCUCAGCCCUGGGCUAGUCACAUUGUCAGACGCCGAGCGGAAUGUAGAAGAUCUGUGAUGGAUGACACAUCACAUCUUCAUCCCCAUCUGACAUAACUGUAAAUAUAAGCUGCACAUCCCUGAACAAUGUUAGGACUCUCUGUGUUAAAUGGGGGCACGGAUGGUCCAGUCGUCUAAGGCGCCCCGAUUCGCUGUGCAGGGUUGUGUCCCUUGGGCACGCCAGAAACCUAUGAUUGUGGGUUUGAAUCCCAGUUUGCCCCAAUUAUGUUUCCAGGUUUGUCAGCACCAUACCCGUGCUUGUGGGUUUC